AUGGGAAGCACACUGUUGCUAUUAACACUAACAACCCUUUUGGUGUAUUCGAAGCCAGAAACGUUUGAGACAGUGAUGGAUGACCUUAAACAACGCGAAUAUAUGUACCAAAAGGAGUUGAAUAAGACACAGAGCCCUAUUGAGGAGUUUCGAUUGACUCACUUAAUUCGCGAGAUUGGGCGCAAAAAGAGCGCGUCGACUAUUUAUCAACGACUCAGCGAAAAAAUAGAGAAGACGACGGAGUCAAUCACAAAGAUGAGAGAUCGCUUGAAGAGCGUCAAAUCUUGUGUGAACAAAGAAGAACAAGACCGAUUGAAAGAGAUGCGCGACGUCUUAUUCACACAAAACAUCCAACUCAACGAACUGCAGGAACAAGCGAAAGAUCUUCUCACUUCGAUCAAAGAACCUUCAUACGUCGAGACCCUCGCGCAGAUACUGAAAACUAAAGUGGAAGGUCUAACGAAAGAAGCGAAAGAGACAAAGAAGAAAAUGAUCACGACACAAGCGGACAUUACAACACUCAAAGCCAAAAUUGAAGAAAUGAAUGGAAAGGCCGCGAAGACGAUUGUGUCUGCUUUAAAAGUGUUUUAUAACGACGAGAAGAUGGAAUUCAUCAACGCAUUACAACGCAAAGUUACACAACUCAGACAAUUAAAAGCGAUUGCGGAGGAUAUCGUCACGUCGAUUAAAACAGCGAAGGAAGAGUUUAAGAAUAAAGUCGACGCGGACGAAGAGAAGAAGUACACCGAGUCGUUAAAAAGCUUGAACGGACAGAGGAAACAACUCUUUGAAGACGUCAAAGAGAUCGAAGAGAAGAGAAAUUCUAUUAUGGAGAACAUGAAGAACCAAAGCUUCUCGGACUUGAAGACGGGAAUUAUGAUGGAACAAUUGCGGUUGGAUGAGAUGAAGGAACGACACAUGAAGAAUGAUAUCAUCGACUACGAACGACGAAUUUUGAGUAUGCAGAAACAGCGCGACUUUGUGAGGACGAAACGAAUGAGUGAAGCCGCAGAUAAAGUAAAGAAGGAGAGCGAAGCACUUAAAAAGGCUGAGAAGAGUAUGGGGAAGGUCAGUUUGAAUGCUUUAAGAGCGAAAGUGAUGGAAGCCAAAGAGCACUUAGCUGUCGUCCAAAAGGUUCAAUUAAGAGAGUUACGAUUCAACUACGAGAUAAUGAAAAGGAAGAAAGAGUUGAUGCAAAAGGACGUUGAGAUAUUGAAGAAGAGACUGAAACGAAUACUGAAGCCAACCUUUGAGAAGAAACCGAAUUUCUUAAUAAUGAAGAAAGCGACGGAAGAGGAAAUUCAUAAGAUGGAGGCGAAAGUCACACUUGAAGAAAGUAAACUUGAAGGUGCGAAACUUGAUAUCAAAAAGUUGCUUGAACAACGGGAUGAAAUAGUUGGAUGGAUGAGAAGAGAGUUGAAGAGGAAGUUGCGUGGGAUUACAAUGAAGAAGAACAAAAUACAGAACUUGGUGAGUCGAAUUGUGAAGAACUCGAUGAAUGCGAGUAAGGCACAACUAAGAUUGGCGACAGCAAAAAUGCGAGAUAUUAAUAAGAGUUUGCAACCUUUAAAGAUCAUCGAGAAGACGUUGAAAGAGAAGUUGGAGGAGUACGACGAUGAAAUUAAGAUGCGAAGGAUCGCGAAGUUGGAGAGGAACACCCUUGAAAGUGGGAAACAAAUCAUCGACAAGAAGGACCGAGUGAAUGACGUGUUACUCAACUUGCGAAGAGAGGCGGACGCGGUUGAUCAACAAAUGAAAAAGUGUGGAGGGCAGAAUGCGAAGUUGUUGUCGACGCGAGCAAAGAUCUUUAACAAGAUCAAACGAGUUGAAGAGAAGUUGAAAGAAGUUGGAGAGGUGGCCGUGAGGAAGGCGAUGCGUUUGGAGGAAUAUAUUGUUGAGAAGAAGAGAGUGUUUUCGCAGAGGAAUGAGAAACUGUCGCAACGGAUUGCAAGAGUCAAGAAAUUGAAAGACACCGUGGUGUGUAAGAUCUCAAGGAAGUUUUACGAGAGAAGCUUACAGCGAAUAGUCGGGAAGAAACGUGAUGAAGAGAAACGAAUGAAGAAGAGCGCUAGAAACUUUGAGAAAGUUAUUAAGGAGUUACGUAACCCUAAUGGAAAGUAUCUCAUGAGCAUCGUUGGAGAUUCAGUUGAUGAUACUUAUGUGUGCGAUGUGUGCCAAGAAGUCGGGAAUUACUAUAUAGACAAAGUCGCUCAAGGAAUGGACAGAAACGUCUUAACGAAGAAAAUCUUGAAGUUCUGUAAAGGGAAAAAAGAGGAGAGUGUCUGUCUGGCAAGCUUCAUGAGGAUGGAUGUGCUUGACGUUAAGAAGGAACUACCGGGGUCUGGGAAACAAAUGUGUAGAACCAUUGGAUUCUGCUCGAAACAUUGGUAA